UCUUUUCCCUAUGCCUCUUUUUCAGGAAACAGAAGCAAAAGGCCAAAUAAAUUAGUAAACAAUACGAGGAAAACAAAGAAAACCCAGAAAAAUAAGGAUUAAGGGAAAAUAAAAAGAGGGAUUGAAAGAUGAUUGCCGAAGUGGGAAAUGAAGACUUGAACUUAUGCUUUGAGAAGCUGAUGAUGGUUGCAGCUGGACAUGAUGGUGUUAAGGGAGUUAAGAUGAACGGUGUAGGGAUCGCCGAGUGGAAAGACAUCCCAUUGGAGCUUCUGUUGAGAAUCGUUAUGCUCGUCGAUGAUCGGACGGCUAUCGUCGCUUCCGGUGUUUGUAGCGGGUGGAGGGAUGCCAUUUGCUUCGGCCUUACUCGACUCUGUCUCUCAUGGUGCAGAAAGAACAUGAACAACUUGGUUCUGUCUCUUGCGCCGAAAUUCACCAAGUUGCAAACCCUGAUAUUGCGCCAAGAGUAUCCACAGCUCGAGGAUGAUGCCGUCGAGACUAUUUCGAAGUACUGUCAAGAUCUGCAGGAUCUGGACCUCAGCAAGAGUUUCAAGCUUAGUGAUCGCUCGUUGUAUGCGUUGGCUCACGGUUGUCCUAACCUUAAAAGGCUUAACAUCAGUGGCUGCACAUCGUUUAGCGGCGAAGCUCUAGCGUAUUUGACUAACUUUUGUCUGAAAUUAAAAAUAUUAAACCUCUGUGGAUGUGUUAAAGCUGCAACUGAUCAUGCAUUGCAGGCUGUUGGACGAAACUGCAAUAUGUUGCAGUCUUUAAAUCUGGGAUGGUGUGACAACUUCGGUGAUAUCGGAGUCAUGAGUUUAGCAUAUGGAUGCCCUGAUCUUCGGUGCCUGGACUUGUGCGGUUGUGUUCGCAUAACAGAUGAUAGCGUGAUUGCUUUAGCAAACGAAUGUGUCCAUUUGAGGUCGCUCGGACUGUACUAUUGUCGUAACAUCACAGACAAGGCUAUGUACUCGCUGGCUCAAAGCAGAAUGAAGAACAAGGGUUCAAUGUGGGAGUCGAUGAAAGGUAGAUAUGAUGACAAUGGCCUGAAAAGUCUGAAUAUAAGCCAGUGUACGGCCCUGACUCCUUCAGCCGUCCAGGCGUUAUGCGAUGCAUUUCCUGCACUUCAUACCUGCUCCGGAAGGCAUUCCCUUGUUAUGAGUGGCUGCCUGAACUUAACGUCCGUUCAUUGUGCUUGUGUGGUUCAAGCUCAUCGUCCGUUCAACAGUAUUUCCCAUACUGCUCAUUGACACAAUGACAGGGACGUAGAAUGUUCAUUUCUACAUCAUUUCUAUAUAUUUAUAUAUGUAUGUGUAUGUAUGAAUGCGGAGACUUUUGAGUUCAUGGUAAUAAUCAUUAUCAUUGUAAAUUA